AAGUAAAUGCAGCCGGAAACUACAGAGAAGAAGCGUCAUCUGUGUGUAACGACAGCAGGUAGUUCGGUGGGAUAAAGACUCUGAACUGCAGUAGUGAACGUGGAGAAUAUAACGCCUGACUCACACGAUCACAGGCCGGAUAACAAACUACUGCCGUGACGGAACAUCGUGCCGUGGUCGCUUUUGUUUUUUAUUUCAACUUAUCGCCGUUUCUUUGGGUGCUCAACUUAACCUGACGUCAGUGAAGGUAUCAGAGCUUCCAAAGGCGACCGUGAGACGGCUUCAGCCCGAGCGAGAGGCCGGUGUUUGUUUUUGGAGCCAGGACAAAAUGCUGAAUCCGCAGAGGUCUCUGUCCGAGCUGCCGAAGACGUCGACGGCCAGUCAGGUGGAGCGCGGUGUGCUGGAGGAGGAGUUCAACUGGCUGCUUAAAGAAGAAGUGCACGCUGUCCUAAAGCAGCUCCAAGAUGUUCUCAAGGAGGCGUCCAGACGUUUCUCCAUGCCGACACCAGGCUUUGAGAAUCAGCUGAAGCAGGAGAACUUCAUCCUCGGCAGCUCAACCAGCAUGGAUCAGGUGAAGGGCGUGCUGACGCUGCAGGGGGAAGUGCUGACUCAGGCUGAUAUCAACCUGAAGGUUGCAAAGAGCAGCCAAGUGUUGCACUUCCAGUUUAGAGAAGACAAGCAGUGGAAACUGCAACAGAUCCAAGAUGCCAGGAACCACGUGAACCAGGCUCUGCAGCUGCUGAGCAGCCGUGACGAGAGCUACCACUUCAAGUCUGGGGCUGAGGUCAACAAGCUCAUGGAUGGAGUGAUGCUGCAGCUCACACGAGCUCGAAACCGCCUCACGACCCCAGCCUCCAUGACGCUGCCUGAGCUGGCUGCCAGUGGUUUGAUGAAAAUGUUCUCUCCUCCCAUACCCGGGGACGUCAUGGUCAACUUUUACAUCAACUUAAGCAAACUGUGUCUGACUGUGUACCAGCUCCACGUGCUGCCUGCUAACACCACCAAGAACUUCAAGCCUGCUGGGAGCUCGGUGUUGCACAGCCCUGGAGCCAUGUUUGAGCUCAACAACAACCGGUUUGAGGUGAGCCACGUUCACAAAGUUGAGUGUGUGGUGCCGUGGCUGAGCGACACGCUGGUGUUCUUCACCAUAUCCCUGCAGCUCUGCCAGCAGCUGAAGGACAAGAUAUCGGUUUUCUCCAGUUUCUGGAACUACAGACCUUUUUAACCCUGCUGCCCGUCAUCCUCCAGGCUCCGCUCGGACUCAAACUUAGCACUCUGUAAAGGAAGUGUUCAUCAUUUUAGGUGUUUGAAAUGCAGUGUGAUGUCAGCGCGCUAAAGCUCCGCCCCCAGUGAUGUUGGCCCAGAUCGCUGACAGUCCCGUCAGUGCGUCUCAGUCCUGGCGUGUGGAUUCAUGUCCUUUGGUUCACUUUAACAGGAUUAUUUAUUCCCCACACUCACAUUCCUGACUGUGUUUGUUUAGUAGAACACUAACUUUGUACUUCAUCUCUUCUUGUUCUUACACGGUGAUCGCUUUGAAAGCUUCCUCGUAGUCCUGCUUUACUACUGUGGUACUGGUAUUGGUACUGUGGUACUGUAGUACAGGUACUGUGGUACUGUGGUACUGGUACUGUGGUACUGUAGUACUGGUACACAGGUGGACACCACAGCCUGUGACUGUGCUGUAAGAUGCUCAGAGUAAAUCAGUCUAAUGCCACUAACAGCAUCAUAUAUUCACUCUGCUGCUAACACUAACCUCACAUGCAGCAGUGAUGCUGCGUGACAUGUGCGUUACUGUUAUGAUGCACGUGGAAAAGGCUGUUUAGUGGCUGCCAAGCUCGUGUUGGAGUGGGAACAUGAGGAGGAGGAGGAUCUGUGAUGAAGGUAACAACAGUUUUCUGUGUUUUUGAUGGAACUAAGUAAACAAAGGAGGGUCUUUGAAGAAGCUCCUGCUUUGUUUCUCCUGCCGUAGCACCUUUUCAAUCUUCCCACAGGAAACAAACCUGCUCGCAGUACGUCGAGGACAGCUGGAGGCUGUCAUCACUGUACCAGGACCAGGUCAUGAGUGGCAGUUUGGACAUAGAUGUCAGCUGCUCAGCUCAUUUUACCUGUCACUAGCUGAUUGGCUGAUCUGAGCUCUAAUUGAUCCUGUUUCCAGUUUUAUCAGGUGCACCAUCAAUAGAGGAAGUGUUGCUCUAGCUCAGCCUCUUCCUCAUUCAGUACGUGGGUGUGUGGGACACAGUAAGAAUCAAACAUUGUUGUAAUGGGUAAAAUAUCUGAACCAUGCACGGCGUAUAUUUACCCGUCAUGGCUCCUCCAGUCUGGUUUCGUUCACAUUGUCGUGCCCUGAUGUCCUGAGCUCAGUACAGAUGGCAGCACGUUUGUUUCCGAGCAGAAGCUGUAAGAAAAGAACCGACGAGCAGCAGAAACAUGAACACAAGCGUGGCUGGAGCAGGCCCUUCAUCCAUCUCAUUCCCUGUUUGUUACCACAUGGAUUCAUUUAAAUAAGCUACAUGUGACAUCAUCUGUUGCUGUUUGUAUUCGUCUCGUGUUGAUUUUGUUUGAACCAAACACUAUUGUAGACAUGAACAAAUGACUUCAUUCCACUAAGUAUUAAUGUAUUUAAAGAUGCUGUCAUGUAAAAUGUGGAUGUGCAAUUAACCUUUGGUCCUGUUGAACUCUUUGGUGAUCUGAAGAUGCAUGUAAUAAAAAAUCACUAAACUUCA